AUGUCCCAGGACUUUAUCCUUGCAAAUCCUCAUGGAAACUCUAUACUUUGUGCACUUGAAUUUUAUGCGUUUGCUAACAAAGAUUUUCACUCAGCUUUUCAAUUUGAUAGGUUUUGUUGGAAUAGUUCGCUGACUUUCAACGGUCGUCCAUACGCCGUACAUCCUGGUGUAUGCCAAAAUGGAGGACCAUGCAUCUCACAAUACCGAAUCCGAGAUGGAUCUUCAAACUGUUUGCUGAUGGAAGAUGAUAAUGCCGCUUUCAAGAAGAAUUAUUGUAUAGGACUUGUCGCACGGCAUCGUUUUCUAUACUUCAAUAACGAAAGCAAAUGUCUUGAAGUCCUCCGGUUAGGUACAGGAAUUCCCGAAUGUUUCAAUGACUAUGAUGAAGUGUGGUAUGGCAUUGGCUCUUUUCUUCAACAAAAUAGAAAAUGUGAUGAGACGGAUCAUUCAGAUUGUGCCCGCUUGAGAGAAUACAUCGGGCAGUCAUCGCUAAAGAAUUUUACUCAAAAUAUUUUAGCUACCCAUGGCUUAGAAAUAGCUUUAACCACGCAGAUCUUUUCCCGCUGGUAUUGCGAUAGUUUCUGGGAUUUGAGCGAUCAGAUGGACGAAUCUCCGUCUUUGUGUGCAGAUUGGAUCUGUAUGAAGAAUCAAUAUCAGUGUCGAACAGGACAAUGUAUCAAACUCGAGUGGGUAUGCGAUGGUGAAUGGGAUUGUGACGAUGCUUCGGAUGAAGAGGCGAUUGGCCUCGUCGGAAAUUCGUCUCUUCAUAAUAAUCACCUCGUUGAUCUACACGUCCGUGUUGAACAGUGUCAAAAACGUUAUUCGAACCCGCCAUUUUCGAGUAUUUGUAACACAUAUUAUGAAGGUGUUUGCUUUCGAUUUGAAGUUUCGAAUCCUCUGAAUAUUCGGUCAAAUCGUUCUGGCAUCAAACUAGCUCAAAUUAACAAUGACAUAGAACAUUGUUACAAUGCGUAUGAUGAGAAAAAUGCAGUCAAAUCAAAGUUGGAGGCAACGGAGAUGUGGGGUUUCGCAUUGCGGUGUGAUAGGGACUUCGAGCCCUACCCAUAUGUCUGCUCGACAAUGAAGAAUAAGUGCACUGGGCAAAGGGAAUGCUUGCAUGGAGACGAUGAGUAUUGGUGCACUUGGGGCUCAUUUGAGAAUCAACUUUUUUUUAUCACGAAGACAAGCAAGUAA